UUUUUGAGUGACAGCAGAAAAAGUCUCCAAUAAGUUCGACAGUCUCGGCCCUGUUUGAAGAUUGUAACGGCCAACGGGGGCUGCUCAUCGUUGAUUCGUGACGCAGAGUACUUCUUGAACCGUGGAUACAAUUACUCGUUGAUAAUUCGGCCCUUGAGGGACCGAAAAAAUAACAACAAACUCGAUAUCGUCUGAUAAAAGUUGCGCGGCUCACUGCGGUCGCGCGGACCAUUGUUACGACGUGAGUUCAACAAAAUGGCCGAUACCUGGAAACAAAGCGUUAUUUGCCGGUAUUUUGUAAAUGGCAUAUGCCGUGAAGGGAGUAAUUGUCGAUACCAACAUGUCCAGAGCACGAGACAAGAAUCAGCUACCCCUAGUAUCCCAGAGCAUAGUACUGCUCCGACUAUCGGCUUAUGCCGUUUCUUCAAACAGGGCUCAUGCAAAUUCGGAGGUCGCUGUCGAUUCAAGCAUUCCACUCAGGAAGAAUCUACUCCAGAAACAGCCAGUACAUCAUCCUCGCAACUUAAGAACCUCACUAACACCGCAACAGUAUCUGCCACCCCACUAUUUGAGGAGGAUAAGGAAACCCCAUGGCGACCAGAGGAAUGGGUCAAGGCACCAGAGUUUGUUCCAUCCUCAAUACCGAUUGCUUCUUCUUCAACAUCUGAAGCAGGUAACACGGCUGCAACAACUUCGACUCCGAUAUCUUACGCCCGGGCGUUGAACCCCCUCGCUCAAAGCUCGAAUCCUGCCUCCGAACCAAUCUGCCCUUACGCAGAAGCCACCGGAAUAUGCAAACAGACCAAUUGCGCGUACCUCCAUGGAGAUAUUUGCGAAUUGUGCGGCAGAGCAGCCCUACAUCCUCACAACGAAGAAAAUCGGAAAAAACACACAAAUGCUUGCGUUAAGCAGCACGAGGUGGACAUGGAAUUGUCGUUUGCGAUUCAAAGAAGCCGUGAAAAAUCGUGCGGCGUUUGCUUCGAAACAAUUAUGGAAAAAGCAUCGAGGGAACAAAAAUUUGGUAUACUGCCGAAUUGCAAUCACUGCUUCUGUUUGACCUGCAUAAGAAAAUGGCGACAAGCCAAGCAGUUCGAUAAUAAAAUAAUCCGGGCUUGUCCCGAGUGCCGGGUUGCGUCCGAUUUCGUAUGUCCAAGCAUGUACUGGGUCGAUACCAAGGAGGAAAAGGAGAAACUGAUCACCGACUACAAAGAAGCCUUGAGCACUAAGAACUGCAAAUACUUUAGUCAUGGUCUGGGUAAAUGUCCUUUCGGAAAUAAGUGUUUCUACCUUCACGCGUUGCCGGACGGUACAAAAGCCGACGUUGGUCCCCCAGUAAGGCAUCAAGGUAUCGGGGAUGCGGACAUCGAUUUUCUCCAGCAAAUGAUCCUCUGGGACUUCCUAGACGAGCGGGAGAGUCGCUGGAUGUACAGUAUCGAUGAUCUCGAAGAGUUCGUAGCCUUUUUUUCCGAUUCCGAAGACUCCGACUGGUCAGAGCAUGAAAUGUUUUUCGAUUAGUUAUCGUUACGGGCAGUUAAAUACCCCUUCGUUAUUGAACGGCUGAAUAUCUUAGUCAUACCGUCCCGGCCAUUAACUCAAACCCUUUCUAAAUAUCUCCAAACUUACACUGUAUCGCCUCCGCCGCGCGCUUCUUACGAUCUAUUAGUCCAUAAUACUUUAGAGCCCUUUUAGUGAUAUAGUAAAAAAAUAGAAUUAAAAAAAGACUAAUUACGCAGCGAUGAAAAUUAAAGUUCCAAAUUAUCUGAUUUUUUUUUUUUCAUUCCGUUUGAUCGAAACCAAAAAGGAAGAAAAGAAAAAAAAUUGAAUCAAAAGUGCUCCGUAAUUAAUUACAGUGGUAAUUGGGCUUGGGGUAUUAUCGACUCAUCGAUAAACCCUACCUCUGAAAAGAAGGAAAAAAAAAAAGAAAAGAAUCAUCCACUUUAAAUUAUUAAUUUUGUACAGCCGUGAUUUUAUUUAGACGAAGUUGAAAAAAAAGAAGAAAUUGAAGAAAAGAGAGAAAAAAAAAAUUCUAGUUUAUUAUAGGAUCUACGUUAUACUUCAUGUUAUCAUUUAACACACGUGCGAAUGGUUUUCCGAGUGAAUAAUUACCUAUAUGUAUAGUUAGAGAAAACGUCUGCGCGAAUGACAUUAGGAAUAUUAAUAUAGUAUAGGUACGAAUAGGGGAGGAAAUAACACUGAUAUUCCAACAAUGAAUAAAAAAGAAGCCGGGGAAAAGAAAUUAAAAAAUUCAAUACAGGAACUAGAAGAAAAUAAAAUGUAAUGAAGCGAGAAGAAUAAAGCACACUAAAGUACCCAAGCUUCUGAGAGAUUACUAAAAAAAUUUAUUGAAGAAUUUGAAAUGAACAGAUCACAGCAAAAA